AUGUUUUCUUCGGAAACUCUCGUUUCUCCCCUGGCGGCUCGUUUGCUGCUAACUGGCUCUGCUGAUCUGCCCAAGGUUGGUACCCACGUUCCUGUUCUUUCCCCCGAGUGGCCUGUCCUUCAUGCUUCCCAUUUUGUUCCCCCACCUCGUGGCAUCCUGAAGGUUCCGGGAGCUUCCUCCGGGUCAUCUCACGCUCGGCGUGUGGCCUUUGGAGAAGUGACCGUUGACAACUACCCCAAGUGGAUUGGCCAAGCGUCCUCUUGGGAGGGGUCACCAUGGUGUCGGGCUUCCUGGGGUCCUGUUGGUGAGUCUGAGGAGGAUUCGGACAGUGAAGAUGACCCUCUCGAUCUCUUGACGAAUUUUAUUCCAUUCGGCGAUGAUGCGGAGAGCGAGCCGCCUGUGGUCGCUCCCCGGCAAGAGGAGGAGGACAUCACAUGGAAUGGGGUGCUGCUGGGUCUGUCCGGAGCUUACCCGCAAGAGGAGGAUCCUGAGAUCGAUGAUGAUUGGAGUCCGUUGGUUUGGGCAUGCUCGUUGGUUGCCUCUGCCGUGCGUGUUUCUGCUCGCGUUCUUGUUGGUGCUGGUGUUGUUGCUGUUGGUCUUCUCCGUCGUUUGUGGUGA